GGCCGCGGAGCAUCCGGGCUCCUGGCGGCGGCGCUGCGGCUGCUCACGGGAGACGCGGCGCGCGGGGCAAGCGGGUGUCCGAGCGCACGGCGGCGGGGCGCUCCCGGGCGGCCGGCUGGGCCCAGCGCCGCGCGUCCCGAGCAUGGCGGGCUCCCUGCCUCCCUGCGUGGUGGACUGUGGCACCGGGUACACCAAGCUUGGCUACGCAGGCAACACUGAGCCACAGUUCAUUAUUCCUUCAUGUAUUGCCAUCAGAGAGUCAGCAAAAGUAGUUGACCAAGCCCAAAGAAGAGUGUUGAGGGGAGUUGAUGACCUUGACUUUUUCAUAGGGGAUGAAGCUAUUGAUAAACCUACGUAUGCUACGAAGUGGCCAAUACGACAUGGAAUCAUUGAAGACUGGGAUCUUAUGGAAAGGUUUAUGGAGCAAGUGGUUUUUAAAUAUCUUCGAGCUGAACCUGAGGACCAUUAUUUUUUAAUGACAGAACCUCCACUGAAUACACCAGAAAAUAGAGAAUAUCUUGCAGAAAUUAUGUUUGAAUCAUUUAAUGUACCAGGACUCUACAUUGCAGUUCAGGCAGUGCUGGCCUUAGCAGCAUCUUGGACAUCCCGACAAGUUGGCGAGCGUACGUUAACAGGGAUAGUCAUUGACAGUGGCGAUGGAGUUACCCACGUGAUCCCAGUGGCGGAAGGUUAUGUAAUUGGAAGCUGCAUCAAACACAUCCCGAUUGCAGGUAGAGAUAUUACGUAUUUCAUUCAACAGCUGCUAAGGGAGAGGGAGGUGGGAAUCCCUCCUGAGCAGUCACUGGAGACCGCAAAAGCCAUUAAGGAGAAAUACUGUUACAUUUGCCCUGAUAUAGUCAAGGAGUUUGCUAAGUAUGACGUGGAUCCCCGGAAGUGGAUCAAACAGUAUACGGGUAUCAAUGCGAUCAACCAGAAGAAGUUCAUUAUAGAUGUUGGUUACGAAAGGUUUCUGGGACCUGAAAUAUUCUUUCACCCAGAGUUUGCCAACCCGGACUUCAUGGAGUCUAUCUCAGAUGUUGUUGAUGAAGUAAUACAGAAUUGUCCCAUCGAUGUGCGUCGUCCGCUGUAUAAGAAUGUCGUUCUUUCAGGGGGCUCAACAAUGUUCAGGGAUUUUGGACGUCGACUGCAGAGAGAUUUGAAAAGAGUGGUGGAUGCCAGAUUAAAACUCAGCGAGGAGCUCAGCGGUGGGAGAAUAAAGCCCAAGCCCGUGGAGGUUCAGGUAAUAACACAUCACAUGCAGCGCUAUGCCGUGUGGUUUGGCGGCUCCAUGCUGGCCUCAACUCCAGAGUUCUUUCAGGUCUGUCACACUAAGAAGGACUAUGAGGAGUAUGGCCCCAGCAUCUGCCGCCAUAACCCCGUCUUUGGAGUCAUGUCUUAGUGUCUGCCUUGAAAUCGCUGUUCGAUAGCGUCACGUUGGGGAACAAGUGCCCUUCCGCAGCCAGAGAGGACUGCAGUCGCUGUAAAUAACGGCGUUCGGUGUUGGUGUCCGAGCCGCGCGCUUGCGUCGCCCCGUGCAUGCGGCACCGCGCGAGUUUCCAGUAAAAGCCAUCUAUUCACGUGCCGACUGUUGUACGCCCGCCCCCGCCCCCGCGCCCCCCGACUCUCCGUUUCCCCUCCUCCUCUUCAGAGCUUCUAGCUGACAAAUACAAUUCUGAAGGAAUUCAAAUGUGACUUUAAAAAUUGUUAGAGAAAAAACAAUUAGAAAAUGGCGCAAAAUAGUCCCCCCCAAAAGAAUGUAUGGGUGUAAACCCUUUUCCUCCCAGCCUAUUUUUGUAAAUAAAAUGUUAUAAACUUGAAAUACAAAUCAAUGUUUAUAUUUCCUAUCAUUUUGUAUUUUAUGGUAUUUGGUACAACUGGUUGAUUCUAAGCACGAAAUAGAUACUGAUGUCAUGGAGUGCUGUGAUAAAAAGUUUUUAAUUGUGAGGCAUGUUCUGAUAUGUUUAUAGGCGAACAAAAUAAAACAGCGACCUUUUUGCCACAUGUUUGCUAGAAAAUGAUUACACUUUAUGGGAGCUGACAUGAAGUUUGAACGUUAAACAGUAUUGUAUGAGAAUUAUUACAGAUACUGUAUCUUUUAGUUUUUUUGAUUGAACUUUCUGGAACUGUUUUAUAGAAGAUGAUGGUUUGUUGUUGGUGAGUGUUGGAUAAAAUACUACCUUGCACCGUUGUAAUAAAAGCUGUUAGAAUCUUUAUAAAUA